AUGAUCAAUACAAAAACAUCAACAAAAACACAUCGCCCAUUCAUUAUGUCAGCAGUACUGAACAGUGGCACAAAAUACAUUGGAAAAGGAAACAAAUUUCCUUUCCCUUUUCCAAAGUACUACCCUAUCCUAUCCACCUUAGUAACGCCUGUUUGCCUUAAUCCUCAUCCUGUCCCUGCUCCUAAACCUAAUGUACCCAAAUUAGUAAUGCCUACUUUCCUUUAUUCUAAUCCUGUCCCUGCUCCUAAACCUAAUGUACCCACAUUAGUAAUGCCUGCUUACCUUAAUCCUAAUCCUGUCCCUGCUCCUAAACCUAAUGUACCCACAUUAGUAAUGCCUGCUUACCUUAAUCCUAAUCUUGCCCCUGCUCCUAGCCCUAACAUGCCCACAUUAGUAAUGCCUGUUUACCUUAAUCCUAAUCCUGUCCCUGCUCCUAAACCUAAUGUACCCACAUUAGUAAUGCCUGCUUACCUUAAUCCUAAUCCUGUCCCUGCUCCUAAACCUAAUGUACCCACAUUAGUAAUGCCUGCUUACCUUAAUCCUAAUCCUGUCCCUGCUCCUAAACCUAAUGUACCCACAUUAGUAAUGCCUGCUUACCUUAAUCCUAAUCCUGUCCCUGCUCCUAAACCUAAUGUACCCACAUUAGUAAUGCCUGCUUACCUUAAUCCUAAUCCUGUCCCUGCUCCUAAACCUAAUGUACCCACAUUAGUAAUGCCUGCUUACCUUAAUCCUAAUCCUGUCCCUGCUCCUAAACCUAAUGUACCCACAUUAGUAAUGCCUGCUUACCUUAAUCCUAAUCCUGUCCCUGCUCCUAAACCUAAUGUACCCACAUUAGUAAUGCCUGCUUACCUUAAUCCUAAUCCUGUCCCUGCUCCUAAACCUAAUGUACCCACAUUAGUAAUGCCUGCUUACCUUUAUCCUAAUCCUGUCCCUGCUCCUAAACCUAAUGUACCCACAUUAGUAAUGCCUGCUUACCUUUAUCCUAAUUCUGUGCCUGCUCCUAACUUAACGUACCCACAUUAG